GGCGGUUGCCGGGGGCGGGAUGCCGGCCGCUGAUUGGCCGCGCCGUUGCCGGGCGGUUGCCGGGGGCGGGAUGCCGGCCGCUGAUUGGCCGCGCCGUUGCCGGGCGCACGGAGGCGGGAAGGAGCGGACUAACGGAGACGACGGCGGCGAGGAUGGCGGAGCCCGGCUACCGGGCCGUGUCGCGGCUCGACUCCCGCUCCCUGGCCGGCUACAAACACGCCGGGCACGCCAUGUUGUACGCCGCCGAGCCCGGGAAACUCUUCGGCAAAAUACCCCUCAGAUUCGCCGUGUUGAUGCAGAUGCGGUUCGAUGGGAAGAUCGGUUUUCCGGGCGGAUUCAUGGAUCCACGGGACGGCACGCUGGAGGAAGGGCUGAACCGGGAGCUGUGUGAGGAGCUGGGCUGUGACAGCAAGGUGUUGCGCAUCAUGGAGGCUGACUAUGCCAGCUCCCACGCCACCGAGGCGUUGCCCCAGAAGGUGGUGGCCCAUUUCUACACCAAGAGGAUCACCCUGGAGGAACUGCGCAAGGUGGAGGCGUGCUCCAUGCAGGCCAAGGACCACGGGCGGGAGGUCCUGGGUGUGAUCCGUGUGCCCCUCUACACCCUGCGGGACGGCUUUGGGGGGCUGCCGGCCUUCCUCACCAACACCUUCAUCGGCAACGCCAGAGAGCAGCUGGUGGAGGCCCUGCGGAAGCUGCGGCUGCUGAACGAGGCCGAGCUGAGGGCGGCCGUCACUGCCAGUCGGGUGGGCUAGGAGCGCGGGGAGGGGGAGGAAGGGAGGAAGGGUCUGCUCUCCCUGAGCCUGCCCGCAAGGCCAAGGCACAGCACUGCAUGUCCCAACAAAACAGUGUUUGUAACCCACUCGGUCUCUUGCUGUCUAUCUGUGUGUGUGUUGUACGCAUGCCACACUGUCUGGGGGC